AUGAGCUUAGUCGCCUUCUGUAGAGACAAGCCUGCGGCUCUGUCUCCUCAGUGGGGAUAUCCUCAGUUGGGUGCUCUUGAAGCAGCAGGAGACAGCAGCAGCAGCAGCAGCAGCGGCGGCGGCGGCUCAGAUAACCUUUUUUCUGCUAAUCUUAUCUUCAAGGAAAUAAACUGUGACGCGUUAGCCUGCAUUGGGGUGUACUUGCUGCCUGUGCUGUAUGUUGUAUUUACUUCAAGAGCAAGAAGCUGCAUACAUUCUUCUACUCAAGAAACUGUCUCCUUAGAGACAGCACUGCAGGGAGAUCUGUCUCUUAGCCUCGCUCUGGACUUUCUUGAUAUCACCAUCAUGUUUAAUGAUGCUUUGGAGAGAGACAGAGCAUCAGUAGGCACUCUAACUGCGGGUCAAUCACCAGAGUCUUGGGUGUGCUUCUUUGUGCUUGUCUUGUGUAUAAGUACAGUAAUUAGUUUAGGUUUAGCAUUUCCUUCAAGACAGCAGCAAGAAGAAGAAGGCGAGGAGCAAGCAGAUAUAUUUUUAUCUGCUAAGUACGAGUUUCUUAUAGGUUUGCUGCUCUUAGAUAUCCCCUUUCUGUUAAUACGUGUAUACUGGAUGUCAAUUACACCUCAUAAAUUGCUGCUCUUUGUCUUUAAAAAUAUAUUUACUAUAUUUUCACGACCUCUUCGUCUUAAUCAAUGCAGAUUAGCAGAAAGAGAGAGAGCAAAAGGAACACAAAAAAAUAUAUAUGAGAAACCGACUUAUUCGCUGUUCACCCCACAGCAGCAGCAGCAGCAGCAGCAGCAGCAACAGCAGCAGCAGCAAACAAAUGCUCAGGGAUCACAGAAUGAGCAUCCAAAUGCACUCAACUACCAGCAACAAAAACAACACUCGCAGCAGCAGCAACAAUUAGGAGGAGCAGCAGCAGCAACUGCUGCUGCUGCUGCUGCUGUUGGUCGAGGAGUACUGGAGAAUAUACAGCGCCUGAGGCAGCGCGGCAGUUUGCUGCGUCACCGUCAAACACCAGCAGCAGCACAAGCCGGAGCAGCAGAAGCAGCAGCAGCAGCAGCAGCAGCAGCAGCUGACCGGGAUCGGGAUCGGGAUCGGGAGAGCAUUUCCUUGUGUAUAGGCAUCUCCCUGUUCGAGGCCCUGGCUGCUGCAGAGUGCUUGGGCGUCUCCUAG